AUGUCUGCUGUUGAUGAGGCUAUUACUUCUGCUCCCAUUGGGCAUCAGGCCACAAGACGAGCCAGCUGGCUGAGCCUCGGCUACAACCAAGAAACAGACUCCGCAAACGACACGCGCAACGUUCUCCUCAUAGUAGCUGCCCUAAUCACAGCUGUCACCUUCCAAGCUGGGGUCAACCCACCGGGCGGCGUCUGGCAAGAUGAUGGGAAGCCUGGCGAGCCCAACAAGAAGGCAGGCCGGGCUAUAUUCGCGGCCGAACAAGGGGCCUUCUAUGUUUUCUUGGUGUCCAACACGUUGGCCCUCUCAACGUCCGUACUCGUCCUCGUGUCCCUCACCUACAGGUUCCCCUUCCAUAUCGAGCUGUGGGCAGCCAUCGUAGCCAUGUUUGUGACCUAUGGGUCGGCCGUUUUCGCUGUAUCUCCAGAUGAGUCGGUUAAGUUUAGGUAUCUGUUGGCCACAGCUGCUGUGCCCUUUGCAGUGAGGUUCUUCAUGGAGAUUGUCAAAAAGUUUUGGAUUAGGAGAAAAUCAACAUGA